AUGGCCUCCAUCACUUCCAUCGAACUCAAUUUCCUAAUAUUUCGUUACCUCAACGAAUCAGGUUUCACACAUUCUGCUUAUACUUUUGGUAAUGAAGCUGCCAUUAACAAAUGUCCCAUUGAUGGAAAUUUGGUACCACCAGGUGCUCUUGUUACAUUUGUUCAAAAGGGACUGCAGUACUUUGAAAUGGAAGCCAACUUGAGUAAUGUUAGCAUCCUCUGUUUUUGCAUUCUUGAUUUUAUCUACUGUGAUGCAGACCUGGACGAAGAUUUUUCAUUCUUACAACCUUUGGAUCUUAUCACAAAAAAUGUGCAUGAACUUGGGCAAAUGAUUAAUGAAAGAAGGAAAAAACUACUGAAGGAGAGAAAUAAAGAAUUAGAAAAGGAGCACGAGGCUGAGCGUGGACGGGUAAGAGAAAAAGAAAGACAUCAAAGGGAGAAAGAAGUUGAAAAGGAUAGGGAGAGGGUAAAAGUUGCUAAAGAGAGAGAACAGCAUGUUAAUAAGACUGACAGAGAAGUGGUCAGAGAUCAAGAAAAGGUUACUGCAAAGCAUGAAGUGAAUGGAGCAGCCGGAGGACCAGAAUCAACGGACAUCUGCACGACAUCAACAUCUCAGCCACGUCAAAUUCUGAGUUCAGAUGUGACAAUCUUGGAAGGGCAUACUUCAGAGGUGUGUGCUUGUGCAUGGUGUCCUUCAGGAUCUCUUCUUGCAUCAGGGUCUGGGGAUUCGACAGCUCGUAUAUGGGCAAUACCAGAAGGAAGAUGUAAGCCUGUUUCACAGAGUGUCCCUUUGGAGGCGUUGGUGUUGAAGCAUGUUAGGGGUAAAACAAAUGAAAAGCAUAACGACGUCACUACAAUUGAUUGGAAUGGGGAGGGGACACUUCUGGCAACUGGUUCAUAUGACGGGCAAGCAAGAAUUUGGACCACUAAUGGUGAGUUGAAGAGUACAUUAAGCAAACACUCGGGACCAAUAUUCUCUCUGAAGUGGAAUAAGCGAGGUGAUUAUAUCGUGACUGGAAGUUGUGAUAAAACUACGAUUGUUUGGGAUGUGAAGGCAGAAGAAUGGAAACAACAAUUUGAAUUUCAUACAGGUCCAGCACUUGAUGUUGACUGGCGCAGCAAUAUGUCUUUUGCCUCAAGUUCCACAGACAAUAUGAUAUACGUCUGCAAGAUUGGUGAAACCCGCCCAGUACACACUUUUGCUGGACACCAGGGGGAAGUUAACUGUGUCAAAUGGGAUCCUACAGGCUCAUUGCUGGCAUCCUGUUCUGAUGAUGUCACAGCAAAGAUAUGGAGUUUAAAGCAGGAAAAUUAUCUUCACGAUUUAAGGGAGCAUUCCAAGGAGAUAUAUACCAUCAGAUGGAGCCCUACUGGUCCUGGUACAAAUAAUCCUAACAAAAAAUUGGUGCUAGCUAGUGCCUCAUUUGACUCAACUGUAAAACUAUGGGAUGUCGAACUUGGGAAACUCAUCUACAGCUUGAACGGACACAGGCAACCUGUAUACUCUGUUGCAUUCAGUCCCAAUGGUGAGUAUAUAGCCAGUGGGUCUCUUGACAAAUCCUUACACAUAUGGUCGUUGAAGGAAGGCAAGAUAGUUAGAACAUAUGCAGGCAGUGGAGGCAUUUUUGAGGUCUGCUGGAAUAAAGAGGGUGACAAGAUCGCUGCAUGUUUUGCCAAUAAUAUAGUCUCUGUUUUGGAUUUUAGAAUGUGA